AUGGAAAGAGGCGGCAAAGAUAAAGAAGAGGGACAGAAAGAUAUAAAGUAUAGAGGUGUGAGAACAAGGCCGUGGGGGAAAUUCGCAGCCGAAAUACGUGAUUCGACGAGGCAGGGAGCUCGGUUGUGGCUUGGCACCUUCAACACUGCUGAAGAAGCUGCAAGGGCUUAUGAUAGAGCUGCUUUUUCCAUGAGGGGUCCUCUUGCAAUCCUCAAUUUUCCAAGUGAAUAUGAUUUGAAAGAUGCUGGUCAGUCUGCUGCUGCUGCUACUACUUCCUCGUCAACUUCUUCGUCUUCAUCUUCUUUGUCGUCGUCGUCGAGACCCCAUAAUGUGACCAGGACGGAAUCCGGAAGAGAAAUCUUCGAGUUUGAGUGUUUAGAUGAUAGUGUUUUAGAGGACCUUCUUGAUUUUGACGAUCGUACCAAAACUAAUGAAGAAAAACAAAUUAAGUAGCAUUCUUUAGUAUUCUGGUUCUGUAAAUUUAAGCACCCAAAUGGUUCCACACUCCACUAUUACAAUGUGCCUUGAGAUUUUCUCAGUUGUUCCAUAAACAAUGCAAAUGUAACCCGAGUUUCUUUGUUCCGGCGGCGGUGUGGGUUUUGAGUCGUUUAGAUGAAUGAUAUAAUGAAAGACUGCUUCCGUGUGAGUACUAAGAAAAGAAGAUGAC